GUAAACAGAGCCACAUCUAUUGCAAGCAAGCGCCCUGCAUUACGCACAACGGAUCACGGUUUCUUAACAUUUUCUGAUCAUUUUUUAAUUUGUAAAAUUUGUAAAAUCGAACAAAAUGUGGAGCAGUGUUCCAAAGCAUCCCGAACAAAGUCGAUUCAGUGUUUCUGAAGAUUUGGAGGAGAUGGAUAGUAGUGAAAGUGACGGCGAAAGUGAUCAACUUUCUGGGUUGGAGAGCGCUGAUUCAAUGUCUGAAGCAGCAUUUGAAGAUGGAUUGGAUCCUCUUCAGGAUUUUGAGGACACUGAAGAAAACCCUCCCCUCUCAACAAGUGAGAGUUUUGAUGUUUCUCAGCAGAAAAGGAGACGAUCCAUUCCCACCCCUCUCCCUUAUAUCACCUCAAGCAUGCCUGCAAGACCAGUUGAGAGCAGGCGGGCAAGCACACCCACCCCCACCCCUACCCCCACAACCUCAGACCCUGAGGAGAGGUGGAAAUUUGUAACUGAGGACGACGUCGAACCUGUGCAGCACUGCUUCUGUCCUGCAUGAGCACCUGGAGCACAACUGGAUACUUCAAAAAAGUAUUCCCCGCUAGACCUCUUCCAGCUUUACUUCAGCAUGAACGUCGUUCAAUCUUUGUGUACAAACACAAAUAAAAAUGGAAAAAAGCAGCAGGCCCAGGGGAAAAAAUACCAGUGGGAUCCAGUUUCAAUCAAGGAGCUCUACCAGUUUUUAGGAAUCCUAAUUUUCAUGGGGCUACUGACAACUCACACCGUGAGGGAUUACUGGAGUCCACGUAGGCCUUAUGGAAUCCCAUUCUGUCACACUGUGAUGUCCAGGAAGAGAUAUGAAGCCAUCGCUUGGACUCUGCACAUAAGUGACCCAGAGGAAGAUAAAGAGAAUGAUCAGAAGAAAGGAACUCCACAACACGAUCGCCUCUUCCGUCUCAGACCCCUCUUGGAUUCCCUCCUCCUGUCCUGCAAGGCAUACUACCACCCCCGACAGAACCUUUCAAUUGAUGAACGCAUGGUGGCCUCAAAAGCCAGGAUCGGGUUCAAGCAGUACAUGAAAGCAAAGCCGAUAAAAUGGGGCUUCAAGCUGUUCGUGCUGGCUGAUGCCCACAACGGGUACACAUGUGAUUUCAACAUCUACACAGGAAAAUCCAAAUCAGAUUCUGGGAAAGGACUGAGUUAUGACUCCGUUAUGAACCUCAUAAAGGUGUCAUACUUAGGCACAGGGUACCAUGUGUAUGUUGACAAUUUCUACACCAGCACAACACUGUUUCGGGACCUUUACAAGCUCAAAUUUGGAGCAUGUGGGACCAUUAGAGAAACUCUUCAGGGCUUCCCACAGACAAAAGAAAACGCCCUCCCUAAAAAAGCUGAUAGGGGGACAAUUCGCUGGAUACGAAGUGACAAACUGCUGUACACCAAGUGGAUGGAUACACGUGAAGUGACGAUGUGCAGUUCCAUUCAUAAAGCGUACACAGGAGACAAAGUCCAGAGACGGGUAAGGAAUGAAGAUGGGACUUGGGGAAUGCGGAAUGUUCCUGUUCCUACUCCUGUAAAGGCCUACAAUCAGCACAUGGGAGGAGUGGAUUUGUCAGAUGCCCUUAUAAAAUACUACAACAUGGCACAGAAAACACAAAAGUGGUACAAGAACAUUUUUUAUCAUUUCAUUGACAUUGGUGUUGUCAACAGUUUUUUGCUCCAUAAGGAAUUGGCACAGGCUCAAACUACAAAGGCACUUUCACAGAAAACGUUUAGAGAGGAGCUAUGCAAGCAGCUGGUGGACAUCAGGCUUGUGGAGCAGGAGGCCAGUGUGAGUACAGGUAAACUCUGUGUCCCUGUAGCCAUUACAGAGGGCAAGGAACUCGACCCCUCCAUGAAGACCUCCUUCGGGCGUAGACACUGUGCUUUGUGCAAUGAAGGGAAACUCAGGAACAAAACGCCCUGGAAAUGCGAAGCCUGUGAUGUGCCAUUAUGUGUCAUUGUGGACAGAAACUGCUUCAAGAAAUGGCACAUGCGUUAGGAAAAAAAGACUUUAUAGCAACUUAGGGAUGUAAGUAGUUCAUUUGUUCAUUUUGUACAGUUCGUGGUGUUAUUAGGUUUUUGUUCAGUUGUAUUCAUUGUUUGAAAAAGAAAAUAUUUGAUUUGAAGUAAACACUUUUUUUUGAAAAAAAAAAAAUCCCUUUGUUAUUUUGCUUCUUGACAUUUACAUACUUUCAAGUGAGUAACAAAAAUACAGAAUCAAGUACUGAAAAUUCAGAGCUUCAGAAAAGUCUUAGUAGCAACAUUCUCCUGCACAAACAGACAGUUAUGUGAGAGCAAUGUGCCUGACAGUUGUGGCAUAUGGAUUGAGAGGAUUUGUCAUGAAUACUCAUCAUGGAUACAUUUCGGGCACCACAAAGCUCUCCAAAAAGGCCACCUUUUGAAUGAAAUAUUGGACAAAAAAAAAAAGAGGAUUACAAAAUCUAAUUCAUGUGGCAAUGGAUAGCAUGUGAGGUGCCAGAAGUUAACAUCCCUUUUAGAACUUGCUCAAGAAACUAGUGUAUCACUGGACAUAAAGAUUUACACAAUGUUCAUUUUUGGAGAGGUUUGGAGAGGUUUGUAAAAACUCCUGUAGAAUUUGAUCCCUUUGUUCAAACAGUUCCAAAUUUACCCAGUAUAGUAGACAAGUUGGUGAAGCACUGGAAAAAAAUCUGGCUCUUUUCAUAUGCUCCAAGUUGAAAUAAUGACUAUAGAACAUAAAAAAAUGAAAAGCGUUUGUUGUUUUUUUAUGUAUUUUUUCUGGAUAUCUCCUUCCAGUGUGGUACUGAGUAAGACUUUUAUAACACCUGAGGUUUUAGUCCUGAUGCCCAAGGGGUUACCUUGAAUUCAAGCCCUGAACCAUGCCUGUGCUGUCUAUACUUUAGAAGAUAUUGUGAUUUAUUGAAGGGCACAGCCCCCCAGGUGGAAAUUGCCUGUGAGGGGCUGGGGUUUUAACAAGUUAAAUGCAGAUUCAGUGCAGACUCUGACCAGUUUAACCAAUGAUCUUUUAAGAAUGAGCUCUGUGAACGCACGCAUUGGAUAAAUCGGUCAGAGUCUGCACAGAAUCUGUUCUGAAUGAUCCCCGUGAACUCACCCAAAAAUCUUCUAUCAGCCGCACACACGCCGUUGCACAGCUGUGAAAACAUUUUGUAAACUAGUCUCAAGUAUGCUACCCCCGUUUGUAGUUAUUUUUUUGACUUAAUGAAAUACCGGGCUGCAUUAGGAAAUGCAUCACAGCGUCUUUCAAUAUGGAGAGUGCUGAAUUAACGUCAUUGUGUUUAAAUGCAUUAAUCAACCUCCCACAAAACUAUGUUAUUAAUGAGGAAAUAAAUGAUUGACACAACAUUAUAUGUUGUUGAUGACAUUAAGAUCAUAA